GAAACUCCCCUUUUCAGCACGGUGGACAGUGCAUAUUUCUCCACGCGCGACGCUCGGCAUCUCGACUCGAGCUGUACUUUUGUUUUUCUAAAAACGAACACUUGUCCAAUCGUGAGGUCAGCUGACGCUGGUAAUGGCCACCCACCCCACCCCUCUCUCUACCUCCUGUCGACCAACACACGGACUCAAACAGCAAGUUGCUGCAUUUUUAAGUUUCCUUGCACGGGGACCGACGAAGAGAGAGACAAGGUCGACAGGCAUACACUACUUUAGCCUCUUAGAAAAAUGUACUUUUAUAAACGUCAAUCGCGUUAUUUUUGUGACUCUCAAAGGAUAAACAAAUAGGAUCUUGCGUUUUUGUUUUUAUUUUUUCCUAAUAAGCUCUUUUAUCAUUAAACUCAGCAGUCGCCCUUCUUGCUUUCCAUUCCUCGGUAUAUCUCACUCAACCGCCCAUUGACUUUAUGUUUAUCUGAGCUGAAAAGCAUCACUGCUCAGAAUGUUGCUAGAACAUCCUGGAUCGAGUUGUCAAAAUCCCGGGAAUUUCUCCCGAUACAGCGCAGGUCAAGAGAUUCCUGUAUGCGCGGGCUGUAAUCAACACAUCGUGGACCGCUUCAUCCUCAAAGUGCUGGACCGCCAUUGGCACAGCAAGUGCCUGAAAUGCAGUGACUGCCAAUCCCAACUAGCGGACAAGUGCUUCAGCCGGGAAGAUAGAGUCUACUGCAAAGAAGACUUUUUUAAGAGAUUUGGGACCAAAUGUGCCGCAUGUCAGCAAGGUAUUCCGCCGACGCAAGUGGUGAGGAGAGCGCAGGAUUUCGUGUACCACCUGCACUGCUUCGCGUGCAUCGUGUGCAAAAGGCAGCUCGCGACAGGUGACGAGUACUACUUGAUGGAGGACAGCAGACUCGUGUGCAAGGCUGACUACGAAACCGCUAAACAGAGAGAGGCAGACUCAACAGCGAAAAGGCCACGAACGACUAUCACCGCCAAACAGCUCGAGACCCUGAAAAACGCUUACAACAACUCUCCAAAACCUGCCCGCCACGUACGAGAACAGCUAUCGUCAGAAACCGGUCUAGAUAUGCGGGUUGUUCAGGUGUGGUUUCAGAACAGGCGAGCAAAAGAGAAGAGGCUGAAGAAGGAUGCAGGCAGACAGAGGUGGGGACAGUACUUCCGCAACAUGAAGAGGUCGCGAGGCAGUUCAAAAUCAGACAAGGACAGCAUCCAGGAGGAGGGCAUGGACAGCGACGCUGAGGUUUCCUUUACAGAUGAGCCACCCAUGUCGGAGCUCAGCCACUCCAACGGCAUCUACAGUGGCCUGAGCGAGUCGUCCCUGGCCAUGGGGGGCCGCCAGGAGAGCAGCCACGGCCCCUUCCCCCUAGAGCAUGGAGUCCUCCAGUCCCAGGACCAGUACCACAACAUCCGCUCCAGCAGCCCUUACGGCCUACCCCAGUCCCCAGGCUCGCUUCAGUCCCUGCCCAGGCACCAGCCCCCCAUCUCCAGCCUGGUCUACCCUGACUCUGGCCUGUCCAUCAUGACCCAAGGCGGGGCCCCGGGGCUGAACCCAGGCAUGAGAGGAGUGUUGGGUGGCGCUAACGGCCCCAGCUCGGAUCUGUCUACUGGCAGCAGUGGGGGCUACCCAGACUUCCCAGCGAGCCCAGCUUCCUGGUUGGAUGAAGUGGACCACGGACAGUUUUGAUUUGCUGGGUUGAUUGGUCAACGUGGUCUAAGGACUCAAAGGUGUGUGUCACAAACUGGAAAGAGACAGUCACACAUGACCUGUGAAACAGAGAGACCGGGUCGGACGGUUGCUGUCUUCCACCCUUCUUGGAUCACUCCAUCUGUCUCUAUCAAUUAACUGUCAAUCUUUUUCAUUUCUCCUCAUCUGAGUGGACUGGAAGGAAGGAUUGGGCCAUCAAAAAGUAUGAAUGGCAGCACUUGGAACUCACACACUCCAUUCCUCAUAGAGAACCAGACUGAGAAUCAUGGCGUGCUGGCCUGUUAUGAAUGCUAUCUUUUUGACAACAUAACAAAUUUCAACUUUUGCCCAAUUGGAUUGUGAUAGACUCUACCCCAAUCCUUUCCACCUUAUUCUUCUCUCUGUUUUUUGCAGGUUUUGGUUAAAGUCAGAGUCUUUACAUGUCUGGUUGUUGCCAAAUGUCUAUAUAUAUAUACAUAUUACAGUUUAUCAUUGUGGAGACUUUAUUUUUAUACAACCCCUUCGACACUAUGAAUACCACAGAUAUUAGUACUUUGUACAUUGACAGCCAGGGAUCUAGACAGGUUGUAGAUGUCGCCUCCCACCGAUAACUAGAGGUGCAAUUACUUCUAUGCAUUUGUGUGUUUUCAGAUGCAUCUUGUUCUUUUCAUUCUGAGCUACCUGGGCAUGCUGAAACCCAGGCUGGUGUAUGUGUUUGUUUAUGUGGAAGAUGUUUUAUGUCUUAUUUAUUCUCUCUGAUGAUGAUGAUGAUGAUGAUGAUGAUGAUGAUUAAGUGAUACAGGUCUUUAAUAAAUGUGUCAGCUAAAUCCAAACUGACCAAUGGCUCUUGC